AUGCAUCAUCUCGAUCCCCAUGAGCGGCCGCCAGACGGCAUACGCAAUGUUUACAAGAGAUACCAAAAGAUGAAGUUGGAUGCGUUGAACAAUGACCCGGACAUUAUUGACCUGGCGAGCCAUGACGCCGUUGCAUCGGCCACCAGCACUAAAGUCCAUGUUGUCAAAGAGUACGCCACCAAGGACUUGACCGCUAUUUUCCAAGCUUUUGCUGGCCACGACGUAGCCCUGGAUGACAUGAAGAUCCCCGACUCAGUGCCAGUCUACGAGCACGACGACAUGCCAGGUCUCCACAUGAUCCCCUCUCUCCUCCCUGCAGAAAUUCAAUCCAUCCUCCUAUCCCGUCUACUCCACCGAGACCUCACCUCCCCAGCUCAUCUCACAAACAUCCACACUCACUACACUCUCUCCUACCCACCCUCCCACUCCUCCUUCUUCUCCCUUCCCCUUUCCUCCCCCACUACCAUCGCCACGCCCCUCGACCCAAGCGUCCACAAACCCCUCUCCAUCGCCCAACUGCUUAAUAAGAAACUGCGCUGGACAACGCUAGGCGGCCAGUACGACUGGACCGCAAAGCGCUAUCCUGCAUCGCCUCCGCCACCGUUUCCGGGGGAUACAAAAGGGAUGCUGGAAUCCCUGUUUCCCGGUACGAAAGCUGAAGCUGCGAUUGUCAAUUUGUAUUCUCCCGGUGAUACGCUGAGUGUGCAUCGCGAUGUCGCUGAGAUGAGCUCUACAGGACUCAUCAGCGUGAGCUUGGGAUGCGAUGCUAUAUUUGUGCUCGGCACUUCGCAUGUCCAAGAGGACGGCGAGGUGCGCGAUAAGGUUCUGACGCUGAGGUUGAGGUCUGGCAGUGCGGUUUAUAUGAGUGGGGCCUCCCGGUUUGCAUGGCAUGGUGUUCCACAGAUUGUGGCUGGGACGUGUCCUGAAUAUCUAAAACUGUGGCCUGGUAGUACUGUACAGCAAGAAGGCGAUCAGACUGGAGAGUAUCAGGACUGGGCUGGGUGGAUGGCGAAUAAGAGGGUCAAUUUAAAUGUGCGGCAAAUGUGGGACUGA